AUGGAAUCUCUCUGCUGCCAGCUGUGGCGCGUAUUCGUAACAUUUUGCUUUACUUUCAUACUCAUAUCUUCAAAAUUUCAUAAAAGUGUUGCUGAUCCUAAAUACAGUGCAAUUUUGGUCUUUGGUGAUUCGUAUGUUGACAAUGGGAACAACGCCUACUUUGUUACUCUGUGUAGCACCAACUAUCCCCCAUAUGGAUCCAAAUAUCCAGGCAAACCUGCCGGCCGCCCGUCGGACGGGAAACUUGUUCCGGACAUUCUGGCAACAAUGCUCGGCAUCAAGGAAGCCGUUCCUCCGUAUCUGCAGCCGAAUCUACCCAACCAUGAACUGAUUACCGGCGUUGGCUUCGCGUCGAGUUGUGCAGGAUUCGACGAUCGGACUUACGAUUUCAUGCCUAGAAUCUCAAUGUCAAAGCAGCUGGAAUAUUUUAAGGAUUAUAUCUCGAGGCUGACAACGAUUGUAGGGGAAAUGGAGGCUCAAAGAAUUGUUAGCGAAGCUUUAGUGAUUAUUCAUGCGGGAGUCAACGAUUUGACUGCCGGUGAUUUUUCGGUUACAUCGACGGUCAAUCGGAUUUUUCAGUCCAACUCUUCCUCCUCCGCCUCCGCGGAUAACGAGUACCAGGACUUUUUGAUGCAAAAAGUUCAAAACUUUUUCGAGGAAUUGUAUGUUCUUGGUUGUCGCCGCAUGAUCUUCAUGGGUUUACCGCCAUUUGGUUGUGUACCAUUCAAGAGGGCACAAAAUCUCCCAUCUUUCCAAUGUGUGGAAAAGACUAACUUAGAGACUCAAACUUUCAACAAGAAGCUGGUAGAUCUGCUUCCUCAAAUCCAGGCAAAACUUCCAGGAAGCAAACUUGUGCUGGUUGACAUAUUUGGUCUGGUUAUGGACAUGAUACACCAACCGAACAAAUAUGGUUUCGUGGACGCUGGAAAAGGAUGUUGCCAAAUCAACCCAUCUUGGCCCUUAUGCCUACCGCUAAUCCCACAUUGCAGCAACUCUUCACAAUACUUGUUUUGGGAUGGUGUGCAUUUUACAGAAGCAGCCUACACUUAUUUUGCUGAGGAAAUCUUCAUUAAGUUAUCUGCGUUAUGA